AAGCGAUUUCCUUGAAUGUUAAGAUAGAUUUUAUUGUUCAUUAACUUAAAAUAUUUACACAGAUCAAACAGAAACAAACUUUUACCUUAAUUAUAAGAAAAAUUAUGUGCCUCUUAAGCAAACAUUAAAUUAUGCGAUGAAUACGCGUUGACUGAAUCAUAGCCAAUUACAGUAUAUCGAAAUUUCAGAGUAUAACUGUUCGACAGCUUUUUUCCACAAUAAUCUAUAUUAAAGUUUAAUUUUUGCUUGAAUAUUAAAAAUUAUAAUAUGGACCCCCGAUUACAUAGAAGAACAGAGCUGGAAAAGGGACCGGGUGAUUUGAUAGUUGAAUGGUUGAACGAAGCUUCCUUGAAUCCAGAAGGAGAUAUAAAAGUCACAAAUUUAUGUAAAGUUCAAGAAAUCUUAAUUAAUAAAGAACCACAAUUGCUUCCAUUAUAUUUGGACGAAGCACUGCAAUUCUCUGUAGACAGAAAUGCAGAAGUUAGGAAAACGGUUACAGGUUUUAUAGAAGAAGCUGGAAUAAAACAGCCAGAAAUUAUUCCACGUGUGGUUCAGAUACUUUUAAGAUUAGUUUCUGACGAAUCAUCAGCUGUUGCUAAACGAGCUCUCAGAGCUAGUGGCAGAAUAUUGAGAGCAGCAUUGAAAUGGAUAUCCAGUGCCAUUACAGUUACUCCAGAAAUGGAAGUAGCGUGGACCCAACUUAGCGCUUUAAAGAUUCAGAUCAUAAAUAUGAUCGAUAGUGAUAAUGAUGGAAUUAGGACACAAGCUGUAAAGUUCCUCGAGGGUGUUGUUUUAAUACAAACAUACCCAGAUCCAGAUUCACCAAAAAAACCAGAUGAUUUUUCUUUAGAAGAUAUCCCAUUGACUUUAAAAAUAGCUCGUAGACGAAAAUUAGAAGAAGAAGCUAAUGACGUAAUGGAUUUAUUAAUUAAAUUUCAUGGAUCUCCGCAUGUGAGCAGCGUGAAUUUAAUGACAUGCAUGGGAUCUCUGGCAUUGAUUGCCAAAACAAGACCUCAAUUCAUGUCAGGCGUAAUACAAGCUUUGCAAAGGCUACAACACGAUUUACCACCAACGUUAUCGGAUUCUCAAGUAACUAGUGUGCAAAAGCAACUGAAAUUAACUCUGUUAGGAUUGAUGAAGCAUCCAGCGAGUAUAGAAUUCGCGUCCACGAUAGCUAAACAAUUAACACAACUUGGGGCUAAAGAACAAGAAAUAAUUAAGGCUUAUCCAAAACCAGAAGAUAUUCGACGUAUGAAGAAACGCCAACAAGAAGCAGCUGCGGUUUCAGCUGCAAAACGCCUUAAAAUCGACACUACUUUAAUACCAGAUGAACCAGAAAUUGUACCCAGUCCAGUACCUGCCCCAAAAUUACCUGAACUACUGGAACUUUCAGAGAACUUUAUUGCAGAAAGAUUAAGCGUAGAGAUUGCUACAGAUUUAGUAAUGGAUAGCAUGGCAUGGGUCCCAGACACAAUGACCACAAUUUUCCAAAGAGAAUAUCAGCCUACUUCAACGACCGAUAUUAAUAGUCAACGUCAAACGAUUGCUAAAUUGCUAUCUGCACAAAUAAAACAAGCCAAAGCGAAAAAGAAAAAAGACGCUAAAGACGAAGACGCUGUAAUGGAGGAUUUAGUCAAAAAUCCGACCAUUAGCGUGGCCGAAGCGAAACGGGAACGAAAACGUGAAAAAGACAGAGAGAAAGAAAAAGAGGCAAAGGCAUCUUUGGAAGCGCACGAAAAAUCACUUGCAAAAGCGAGAAAUCGUCUAAAAGCUUUGAAAUUGUCUGAAGUUACAAAACCAUUGUCGAAGGAAAUAAAAGAAAAAAUGUUGCUGAUGGCUGUUAAUAGAAUUCUACUUUCCGAAAAGAUAGCCGUGUUCGGUGGCGUGGCAGCUAUCAGAUCAAAAAUUUUAACAACUCUAGCCGCAACGUUCAAUCCGUAUAUUAAAGAAGCAGUAAUACGGUAUAUUACCGAUGAUAUGAGAAAUCGUUUGGACUUAGCUUUAGGUUGGUUGUACGAAGAAUAUGCGUUACUUCAGGGUUUCCAAAGACGAACUACAUUGUGUACAAAGCCUCAAGAAGCUCCACAUCAGGCUUACAACUUUCUGUUGUGUACCUUAGUAUCGGCAAUAAAUCUGGUUCAAGGCAAAGAUCGUGACACGCUGUUAAAUAGAUUAUACUUGGAGGCUCCUUUAAUUACCGAAGAUGCUGUUGAGGCUUUAAAAAUGAUGUCUUCCGAUGAAACAAGAGGACUGACACCGUUACAAUUAUUAAAAGACAUGGUCAUUCGCAGACCAACAAAACAACUAGUAUUCCUGAAUGUGCUAUUAUGUCAUACUGGUCAUGAGAACAGCACUAUAAGGGAAGCUGCUAUACAAUUAGUUUGUCAGCUAUAUAGUCGUCCUGAAUUAAGUAAACUCAUAGAAGAGUACGCGGUUCUUUAUUUAGGUUUCUUACGACUUCACACUCCACCCGAAAUCGUUUUUGGACAAGACCGGGGUAGACCGCAAGUAGAAAUCCAGUGGACGGAAUCGACUACAAGAGCUUGUCUCGGGUUGUACCUCGCUCUUCUGAGCGAGCACCAGGAUUUAAUCCAUGAAUUGGCAAGAGUUUAUACAUCAAUGAGCGCGGAUGUAAAACGUAUGGUUCUUAGAUUAGUAGAAGGACCAGUAAGGUCUUUAGGAAUGGGCAGUCCACAGCUGUUAGCUCUUGUUGAAAAUUGCCCGAAAGGCGCAGAAACGCUGGUUACAAGAAUUAUUCAUAUUCUUACAGAGAAAUCUGCGCCCAGCUCAGAAUUAGUAGCAAGAGUAAGAGAACUUUAUCAGACAAGAGUUUCCGAUGUUCGAUUUUUGAUACCAGUUCUGAAUGGCCUAACGAAGAAAGAAGUUAUAGCUGCCCUUCCGAAACUUAUCAAAUUAAAUCCUAUUGUUGUUAAAGAGGUGUUCAAUAGAUUACUGGGUACCCAUAAUAACGAAAGCGGUGUACCUCACACUUCUCCAAUCACGCCUGCUGAACUUUUAAUAGCCUUGCAUAAUAUAGAUCCAAGUAAAGCCGAAUUAAAAACGAUUAUAAAAGCUACGUCUCUGUGUUUCGCUGAAAAACAAGUGUACACGCAAGAAACCGUAGCCGUUGUAAUGCAACACCUCAUGGAAAUGACACCGCUUCCUACAUUAUUAAUGCGUACAGUAAUACAAAGUCUAGCUUUGUAUCCAAGGUUAAGCGGAUUCGUUAUGAACAUACUUCAACGAUUAAUUCUGAAACAAGUUUGGAAGCAACCAAAAGUCUGGGAGGGUUUUGUAAAAUGUUGCGAGCGCACGCAACCGCAGAGCUUUGCGGUCAUUUUGCAACUUCCUCCGACACAAUUGGCCGAGGCGUUAAGGAUGGCCUCCAAUUUACGUGCUCCUUUACUAGCGCACGUCGAAGCUUUUGCUGAAAAUCAGAAAGCGCACAUUCCACAAUCGAUAAUGGAUGUUAUACAGGGUAAAUCGCCUUGCGACAUGCAUGAUGAAUUUGAUAUUGCACCACCCGGUGAUUAUACGAUCGAACAAAAACCAGAUACAAUGGAAACUGAUGUUUCAGAACCAGCCCCCCCUGGUUUAGAUUAGCAUAAACUCAUUCCAGUGUUGGGAUUUGAAUCAUCAUCUACAGAUUGUCCCAACUUUAACGAAUUCACAUUGUAAAUCAUGAAUUAUUUUUUUCUCAUAUUUCAUAACGAUCUGAAACGUUAGAUCCACGUAUUCAUCGUCAC